AUGAAGAAGAUUCACCGAAGUUUCCUCGCCUUCACGACCUUUAUCCUGGCUGCCAUCUUUUCGCAGUGCAAAGGAUCAGCCGUCCAGACUACGAUACGACCCACGAGCUUCACUCACAGCCGGAAGAAUCUGCCCCAGUUCUCUUUCAGGGGCGGCAGCGUCCGGCCCAUCACCCCGACCAAGAACAUUUCCUCCCUCCUGGACAACCUCCUCAAGAACUACGACCAGAAGCUCCGGCCUUCUUUCGGAGGUAAACCUACGACGAUUGAGAUUGACAUAGAAGUCCGCAGCAUGAGUCAGAUCUCGGAGAUGGAUAUGACCUACUCCAUGGACUGCUACUUCCGCCAGUCGUGGGUGGACGAGCGCCUGGCCUUCUCCGACCUGGACGAAGCAUUCACCCUGUCCGUGGCUGUGUUGGAGAAGCUGUGGAAGCCCGACACCUUCAUCUAUAACGGCAAGAGGAGCCACGUGCACCUCAUCACGACGCCCAACAAAUUCAUACGACUCUACCAGAAUGGCAGGAUCCUCUACUCGUCGAGGAUGACAAUCAACGCCAUCUGCCCCAUGAAUCUCCAUGAUUUCCCCAUGGACACGCAGCACUGCCCUCUUAGACUUGGUUCAUUCGCUUACACAACGAGGGACGUGCUGUAUAAAUGGAACCAGGCGAGACAGGUGGUGAUUGCGCCGGACCUCAUGUUGUCUCAGUUUGACCUCAUUGCUGCUCCCUCGGGCACAGAGAACACUACCCGAAGAGGAGGGGAAUUCUCCACCCUGAUGGCCAGCUUUUACCUCCAGAGGAACAUGGGCAACUUCCUGAUCCAGGUAUACGGCCCUUGCAUGCUGCUGGUUGUCCUCUCUUGGGUGUCUUUCUGGCUUAACCGCGAGGCCACGUCCGAUCGCAUAUCUCUAGGCAUCACCACUGUCCUUACCAUGACAUUUUUGGGCCUAGAAGCUCGCACCGAUCUGCCAAAGGUGUCAUAUUCAACUGCCCUCGAUCUCUUUGUAUGGCUGUCCUAUGGAUUCAUUUUCGCCACGAUUAUUGAGUUCGCGUUCGUCCACGUGUUCACCAAAGUGGGAUCGGGAGAAGUCUAUCUCUCCGAGCCGAGUUCCCUUGUCGGCUCUGACGGCGGGGACAUGGAGUGGAACGAGGAGUCGGAGGUGUCAUAUUCAACUGCCCUCGAUCUCUUUGUAUGGCUGUCCUAUGGAUUCAUUUUCGCCACGAUUAUUGAGUUCGCGUUCGUCCACGUGUUCACCAAAGUGGGAUCGGGAGAAGUCUAUCUCUCCGAGCCGAGUUCCCUUGUCGGCUCUGACGGCGGGGGACAUGGAGUGGAACGAGGAGUCGGAGGUAGGAAUGGCUCUGCCCUUGUAGUACGUGCAGCCGAGCUCCUUUAUGCCACGGCGACCUACAUAUCAGUGUCCGAGGGCGAGCCAGGGAGACCUACCGAGUGCCAGCCGUAA